AUGUCGGGACCCGCAUUUGAGCCAAUCCCGCGUCCGUCAUCCACCGACACUUUAAUCGAUCCUGGCGGAGAUCACUUGACAGAGGAAGAGGGCCAUGCUGUUUUGGCCCUUUUGAAGCUUUCUGGCCGCAGCCCUCUCGAAAUGAGAACAGCGGAAAUUCAGCUUAGCUGGCACUGCAGCUACCCCGUUGCACCCUUACGGGCCGUUUUCCCUACACCCAUAGUGUAUUAUCCUUACAGCUUCAGUCCUGUCAACCCUGGAGCGCCUCCCUCUUUGAAUACUUCUGAAGAUUUUGAGGACUUCACGGACUCUAGUCUGAGUGAUUCUCCCGGGACUGCUUUUGCAACAAAUAUAUAUCUGGAGUUGCGCAACAUGCCAAAUUACGCGCUGGAAAGCACACCUCCAGAAAGCGAUUCCUCAAUCACGGAAAUGGAGUAUUCUUCACUGGAUUCUCUUUCAGAUGAUGGAACAUCCAAGAUCUCUACCCUUGACGAAAUUGGCACCACUCUAAAUGGCCCGACCAAGGACAUGAGAAUGACAGAGUUUUCGCCAAAAAUUACAAGCUCGUCUCAUGGAGCCCGGGCUAGGGCCAACACACAAAAACCAGCUGGCACACUCAAGGCGCAGUCAGCCCAGCAACCAAGCAGACGGUCUACACGACAACGGAAGGACAGUCGACGUUUGAUUGAGGCUAAAGAGUCUGAAAAGCUGCAAGGUUCCUGA